AUGGUCUUCGCAUCGCCACUUGAAAAACGCGAAGUAUUCAAAAGGCAAAACUCUACCGCACUUUGUGAAAUUAAUGUAAUCUAUCCUAUGGCAGAUCAAUAUAUCCAGUUUAAUGAAACAUCUUGGGUUAUUUGGGAUACUACUCCUUGUGGUGAUUUGACUAGUGACACAGUUGUUCAAAUCAUAAUCUAUGGUUGGGAUAACAUAACAACACCACCAUGGCCAAUCGUUUAUGUCGAAACUGCCUACUUUGGAAGUGGCCAUGUCGAAUUUGAGCCCGAAACAUCAUGGCCAUACCGAAACAAUUAUGCCGCAAUAGUCUUUCCGUUCUAUAAUUUGGGGUUAUCUGGAACUUUUCACAUUGCCCUUGAUGAUUAA